UUCAGUGAUAUCUUUACGCUUAGUUCUGUGUUAAAACUUGUACUUGUGUUUCAAAAAUGGUUGGAAAAAGUUUGCACAAAGCGCUUACCUUGACCACCUAUAUAUUAGUGGUGAUUGUCAUAUAUCCUAUAGUGCUUGUAGUAUCUACUAUAGUUACCAAUAUUGAAAGUUGCCGACGCAAAAAGGAAAAAUCUAUCAAAAAUGAAGUGGCCGUUGUCACUGGUUCAGCUAGUGGAUUGGGUAAAAAUAUCGCCACAGAAUUGGCGGCGAGGGGUUGCCAUGUUGCUAUAUGUGAUAUCAAUUACGACUUAGCUGUGACGACAGCUAAAGAAAUCGCCGAGAAAUAUGGCGUCAAAGCAAAAGCUUAUAAGGUGGAUGUCACCAAAUACGAUGAAAUUGUGGAACUCAAUGAAAAGCUAACCAAUGACAUUGGCGCCGCCACUAUACUCGUGAAUAAUGCGGGCUUACUGUUUCAUCCAGAUAGGUUGAAUCCCACAGUGAAGGACAUUGAAACGAUGAUAAAUGUUAAUUAUACUUCACAUUUCUGGACAAAUCGUGUCUUCAUGGAGAAUAUGAAGCGUGCCAGGAAAGGUUAUCUUAUGGGCAUGUGUUCUUUAUCCGGUCUACAAACAUUGGCGCAGUCCGAACCUUAUUCCAGUACUAAAUUCGCUGUACGUACCCUAAUGCGAAUACGGCGAGUCGAACUAAAGAUGGAAGGAUUCAGUGAUAUUCACUGCACUACCGUAUUUCCUCAUUUUACUCGAACUAACGCUAGGGUUACCCAGGUAGCUGAAGAUGUAGGCUUCACUAAGUUAUAUCCAUUACUAGAAGGCGAAGAAGUCGCGCAGAGAGCUGUAUCGGGAAUGUUAUGUGGUGAAGUGGAGGUUAUUAUACCGAGUAUCAUUGCCCUCAUCUAUCGUCUCCAAGUACUUUUGCCACAACGAGUUCAAGAUUGGUUGAUUACUGCAUUUGUAAAAAACCGUUAGGACAGUAACAAGUAAAGAAACCAUUUCUUCGAAGGCAACUGAACAUAUUCAGAUUCAGAAAUAUUAUCGCUUAAUUAAAUUCAAAUAUCUAAUACCAAUAAUAGGAUUACAUGAAAUUAAACAAAAAAAAAAAUAGUUUUAAAUUUAAUAUAUGAGGCAUAUGAGGGAAAAGUCUUCUUAAGGGGAAGAUUUCAUUAAUAUUCAGGGGAACAGUACUACAGCAAAAAACGUAAGCUAAGAAAGCGAAAUUUUCAAUGCGGCUCAGUGCCAUAAGGGUCACGUGUGCAUUUCGUACGGUAUCCCACGAAGCGUUUGGGGUUUUAGCAGGCAUCAUGUCACCAAAGAUAAUGGCCAUGGAACUCAAAAAAGUAUACGACAGGUCUAAAAGACUGGGUAGGCGAUUAACAGCUGAAGAACGCGAGGAAAAGAGGCAAACAAGCCUCAAUGAGUGGCAAAAACGAUGGGAUGCAGCUACGACGGAGAGAUGGACCCACAGGCUAAUUAGAAGCGUACAAACAUGGCUAGAUAGGAAACAUGGAGAAACAGAUUUCUAUCUGACGCAGUUUUUGGCGAGAGACGGGUGUUUUAGAGAGUAUCUCUAUAAAUAUGGAAAUGACGAUGGGACGAAUCCUUCUUCUGCGACAGCAGCGCAGAAAACGCGCUGCAUAUCUCCUUUUUCUGCCGACGGUAUGAAAAGGAGAGAGCCGAUCUACAGAAACUGACAACGGAACAAGUGACACCGGAUAACAUAGUCCGGUUUAUGACAGAGUCAAAACAAGUGUGGGAUAGUGUUUUAGCGGCCAAUACGAAUCGUGCAUACCGUCCGGAAAAAUGACGGUAUCUUUCGAAGAUUCCAUCUCCAAAAUAAAAAAAAAACAAAAAAAAAGCUGGCGCAUGUUCAAGUACUCCGACACAAUGUAAUGUACCAUAGAUUUUGAUAAAUUUAACAUUUGGGCAAUUAAACGAAUAAUAAGCGACCUCUUCCCGAAGUACAGUCGCGGCGAAAGAAAAUCUGUCCUAUUACUUUCCGGACAAACCCUAUAUAUCUUGUCAAGUAUUAUUAUGCAGGUUGGGCAGUAUAAACAGGCGAAAUAAUGUUAGGGAUCAAAUUGGUUUGCAAUCCCUUGAGUAAUUGCUGAGAUGUGAGAGUUCUAGGCGAGGCUUUCUAAAACCUGCAAACAAAUUCGGUCUCUAGCUUCGGGAUGCUUCACCAGAGGCUCAAAUUGUUUACCUUUAUA